AUGAAAAUCAUGGAGCAAGAAGGAGAAGUUUCUGAAGAAUGGAAAGAAAUUAAGUUUUUGAAUGAAGAAGAGGAAACUGAGGUUUAUGAGAGUGGAGUAGAGGCUGAAGAAGAAGACGACGAUGAGGAUGAGGAUGACGACGACGACGAUGAUGACGACGAUGAGGAUGAUGAUGAUGAUGAGGAUGAGGUGCAGGUAUUACACUCUACUGGUGGGCUAGCGGUGCAGUCUGUGGACGACGAUGACGAGGAGGAUGAAGAUGGAGAGGAGGAAGGUGAGGGCGGUGACGACGAUGACGAUGACGACGACGACGACGAGGAUGAAGAGGAGGAUGGUGAAGACGAGGAGGAUAUGGGCACUGAGUAUCUCGUCCGGCCAUUAGGUGGUGCUGAAGACGAGGAAGAUGCCAGUGAUUUUGAACCAGUGGAGAAUGGUGAUGAUGAAGACAUUGAUGAGGAGGACGAUGAAGAUGAUGCUGAGCCUGCAGGAAAGAUUGAGGCCCCACCAAAGCGGAAGCGAUCGGAUAAAGACGACUCGGAUGAUGAUGGUGGUGGUGGGGAGGAUGAUGAGAGACCAUCCAAGCGAUAG